AUGCCCGCAUGCCGCCUGUGCUCUAGUAUCCACAUUGAGAGUGGAGCCUGCUGUCAACUAGGAGGUGAUAGCUUGAUUCGUGCCCCGAUCCCUGACGAACAGGCAGCUGAGAUCAUCCAGGCACCUCCCGCGGUGCACCGAGGCAUUUUUGAGGGUGAAAAUGCGGCUCACACACCGCUUGUGUUGCGAGUGCAGUUUCAGCAGAAGCUUCAUGAUUGGGAAAGCUGGUUGAAGGAGCCUGCUGUCCGACAAGAGCUCUCAAGUCACUGUGUACUUUGCAACAUGUGGAUCUCGAGCUAUAAGCAUGUCAAACAGCACUUCAAUAAGGUUCAUGCUUCCCAACAUCCCACCUUGAUGCAACGUGUUUUAAAGCUCAGCCUCACCUUCAAAUCGCAUCUCACACGUGACCGCUCGUGCUUGUGGUGCCACCACAAGGUGGGUGCGCCAGGACGCCACGUCCAACAAUGCACGCCACUGGUGCAAUUGACACCCAAGAUGUUCGGGGAGAACUACCAGAUGGGCAACGACGAGCUCGAGAUCUUUGCCAGCUGUUGGGGGGACCAGAGUACCAGCCGCCCCCGCCAAGGGGACCCAAACGCCGCCGACCGGAGCAGCAGUCUCGCUGGGGCCAUCCCGGCUCCCAGAUGCCCCAGCAUCCGGGCGGCCAGCAACGUCCUCAGAGGGACCACCAGGAACGAGACCGACGGAACAUUGGCCACGCUGAUGGAAAGUGGCUCGAGAGUGGCGAAAUCGCAAGAGGUACUCAAUCAGGCCCAGAAGUCCGUCGCCACGGCCGAGAACAAGACCAAGAUGGUGACCGCCGGCUGGAUGACACCAGAGGGCGGCUGGACGUAUCGCACCUGGGACCACUCCGAGAAGCGCCUCUGCCAGGACACUCAGAAGGACCCCCUGUCCCACGACGAGGCGGUCAGUGUCUUGACUCAGCUUCAGAAGCACGUCACUGGGGAUGUCAUUCAGAAAUUCGCCUCCACGGUGGGGCUGCAGAAGCUGGAGGAACAGGGCUCGAAUGUGGCAACGUUUCAGCUGGAGGUCUCCCUACGAGGGAGCAUGGCUCAGGAAAUCUACGACAACCUGUCCCGUCUGGCAGGCUGCUCCAUCCUCAGCCUGGUGGGGUGUGGUCAACAGCAUCUCCUGCCUCAGGCCUUUUGGGAAACUUCAGAGCACCCGCGAGAAGCGAUGCGUCUGAUAGGGUUCAAACUUCUGGGUUGGUCGGAGCCUCGACGUCAGCAUGACGUAGCAGAGUUCAUCGACCAUUUACAUCCCAAGUUAGUUCGACCUCUCUCGCCAGGCCAUUGGGAGACACGUGGCCAGACCGCGGAGGGUUUUGACCGCCAAGUCCAGGCCUCUGUGGCCAAGUGCAUACAGCUCCCCACCGAUCCCGCCAAUCCCACGCACAACGUGCAGGACUUGGUGCAGCUGUGGCACCAACAAGCGGAGCUGCAGGCUUUUGCUCAGGCACCGCCAUGGGCCUUCCUUCAAUUACCCAGAUUUCGGUAUAAUGAGCGAGGUAGAGCUGGGAAACUCCUGCAUCCCUAUACCCUGCCCCAUGUAAUCCGGCUUCCUGUGUUUACAUCAGCAGACUCACUGGCCGUCCAGUGGAUCGCGUAUCGCACCACAGCGUGCAUACAGCACCAUGGAGCCCGCCCCACGGCAGGCCAUUACACCACGGCGAUCUUCAGAAAGUCAGAUCUGUGGCAGCUGGACGAUGAAAAAUCGUCUCGCCUGCAUAGGCCGGAGCAGCUUGACCACUUGAGUACCAACAUGUACAUUAUAGCCGUUGCACGCAUGCCUGACACAACCUUGCAGCCGUCAUCAGACUCACAGCACACGCACCCUCGCACUGUUCGCGAAGAGGAUCUCAACUGGAUUGCAUCUCAGCUGUUUCUGCUGAAACUGCAAGUCUCGGGCAUAGCGGAAGGGCUGGAGGCCCUACAGUGUGCCCACAAUCGUCUCCAAGACGAGCUCCGAGUACUGACUGCGCAGAUGGACAAGCAGAAUCACAACAAGGUACCGAAGCUGCAAUGCUUCAUCAUGCUGGAUUCUCUUGAUGACUAG